CUGCAGUGGACUUAGCUGCCUUGUUUUGACGGGGGCUCCUUCUAGCCAACAAAUCUUGAGGAAAGGACUCCAACGUUCACCCUUUUCUGCUCCUGGGAAGAUCAUGGCUGGGUUUGCAGGCAUUAAAGAGUCUUUUCUGGUGGUGAUCCUGCAGCUUGUUCUCCUUUGCUUCUCUCAAAGGAAUCAAGGUCCACCUGGCCCACCUGGACCCCCAGGAGUCCCAGGAGUUGAUGGCAUAGCUGGUGAACGGGGGUUAGAUGGCCAGGACGGUUUUCCUGGGCCUGAUGGGGAUGCAGGUAAACCCGGUUCUUCAGGAUUACCCGGAAUUCCUGGGAAUGAUGGUUUAACUGGCCCUGUCGGAGACCCUGGGCCUGAUGGUCCCCCAGGACAGAAAGGUGAACCUGGAAAGUCCGGACCUCGUGGAGCUGCUGGUGUUGGGUCUGAUGGAUCUCCGGGACCACCUGGGCCUGGAGGACUUCUGGGUGAAUUGGGAAAAGUUGGACCUCCUGGAGCAAUGGGCGUGAGAGGGCCGCAAGGACCCCGUGGACCAUCAGGACCCAGAGGUGCAGCUGGGAUGCUUGGUUCUUCCGACCUGUGUCCAAACUCUUGUCCACCUGGUACUCCAGGGCAUCCUGGUCUACCUGGUAUGAAGGGUCACAAAGGUGUGAAAGGUGAAGCAGGAGAACCUGGGAAACAAGGACACAAGGGUGAGGAAGGAGACCAGGGAGGUCCAGGAGACGUUGGUUCCCAGGGUCCAACGGGACCACAGGGAAUCCGUGGAGCCACAGGAAUGAUGGGCCCCAAGGGAGAGAUAGGAGCUCGAGGUCCUGAUGGAGAUCCAGGUCCACAGGGAGUUGCGGGGGCGACUGGAGACAGGGGUCAAAGAGGAGUAAUGGGGGAACCUGGGAUUAAAGGUGAAAUGGGUGUUUUAGGGCCACGGGGAAUCACAGGGCUUCCAGGUCCAAAAGGAGAAGCUGGAUUACCUGGUGUUGACGGCCGUGAUGGCAUUCCUGGGUUGCCGGGUGCAAAGGGAAACAUCGGCAAGCCAGGAGUUCCUGGAGAUAUUGGACUUCAGGGGCUUCCUGGUUUGCCUGGAACACCUGGACUAAAAGGCUUGAGUGGGCCGAAGGGAGAUUCUGGGAAGCCUGGGUUUCCAGGGACAUUGGGAUCUGCUGGAAAACAAGGUGAAAGGGGAGAACAGGGAGAAGUGGGACCCAUCGGACCCAUCGGGGAGCCUGGCAAUCCUGGAGAGCAAGGUCCUGUAGGUCCAGCUGGCAAGCCAGGUGCAAGGGGACCGAAAGGUGAUCCUGGUCUUCCUGGUCUUCCAGGGCCUCCAGGCCUGCCUGGGGUGAAGGGAGAAAGGGGUGAGCGUGGAGAAGCAGGACCCAAAGGAGAACAAGGGGCUCAAGGUGAUGAGGGAAAUCCUGGAGAGAGAGGGGAACUUGGAGAUGCUGGGGAAUCUGGACCAAAAGGACAGGCUGGUAUUCCUGGUGAACCUGGCAAAAGGGGUCCUGAAGGAAGUCGAGGCCAGCCUGGCAUUGAGGGCCCACCUGGCACACCUGGACCACGAGGCAUGCAGGGAAACAGAGGUCCACGUGGGAUCCGGGGGUCUCAAGGGCCUGCGGGCAAGGAGCCAAGCGAUCAGCACAUCAAGCAAGUCUGCAUGCGAGUUAUGCAAGAGCAGCUUGCACAGUUAGCUGCUAGUCUAAGGAGGCCAGAGUCUGGCGUUGCAGGUUUACCUGGAAAACCUGGCCCUCCUGGGCCUCCAGGUCCCCCAGGAGACAACGGUUUUCCAGGGCAAGCUGGAGCAAGGGGCCUUCCAGGACUCAAAGGACCACCAGGGUCAAUGGGAAACAAAGGUCCCAAAGGUGACAUGGGAGACAGAGGUUCCAGAGGGCCCACUGUACGAGGACCUAAAGGCCAAUCAGGACCUCCUGGGGUUCCAGGAGAGCCAGGGAAACCUGGGUAUGGUCAAGAUGGUCAGGAUGGGCAGAGGGGACCUCCUGGCGUUCCAGGACAGCCUGGCGUGCCUGGUCCUCCUGGUCCAGCUGGCCCGAAUGGCUAUUGUGACCCGUCAGCCUGCAACCUCCAGGCAGGAGCUGUCCAGCAGUCUCUGGAUGUGAAGGGACCUGCAGGGAACUAAGAGCCACUCUGGCAGAGACACAAAGACUGCUGGAUUAUCUCCCCGAGCACACAGCAUUUGUCACGCUGUCCUCCCAGGGGCCGUCGUUGCUGUGGUGGUGUCUUUGAUACAAUAACCUCUUUGUGUGAGCAUGUUUCCUGCCAAUAACAUCUCCAUCAAAAGGAGUCAUCAUCUUUGAGUUGUGAAAAAAAAGGGCUUAUUUCAUUGUGCUUGUAUGGAUGAGAAAAGCACCAUAUUGUUUAUCCCAUUUUCCUUUUAUCCCAUCCUCUCUUUAUGCGCCCCAUUUUGAGUUUUCUUUUCCACUUUCUCACAGAACAGCUCAUAGAAUCCCCCCAAUGCCAAUCAGUCUAUUGUGAUUUUGCAUUAUUUUCUCUUAUGAUGUUGUCUUUGUCAAAGGACGAUCAAGGGCAAAUCUGUUAAAGUCCAAAAGUCUUACUUCCUGUCCGACUGCUUUAUGAGAAAAUAAAACAGAAAGAGGCUGAAAAUCUCUUAAAGUCACACUGACGUUAGUACAUUUUGUAAAUUUGUAAAAACAUUGUUAAAUGUGGUUAAUUAUAUUUCCUACAAAAAAAAACUCCUGAUGUGAGACUUUGCUUCACUGUACAGAAUAACAGGAUGCAUCUGUUCAUGAAUAAGAAUAGAUUUUGCCAGUGAGAAAAAUGUGCAAUAGUCUAACAAAUCAAUAUCACAUGAAGUUUUUUUUUUUAAUAUAUAUUUAUUUGGUACAAUGAUAAUCUUUAUGUUUUCAGAAGCAUCUCAAAAUGCAUUUAAAAUGAAGAAUACAGAUACAAUUUAAAUAAAAUAGUUCUGAGAUAAUACAAAAAUUGUCAUCAGCAAACCUGUCUUUGAAAGGCAAACAUGAAUCUGUUUGCCAAUUCACAAACAUGAAUCUGUGAAUCGUUUCUCUUAAAGUGGGCUUUAUUUCUCAUCAUCUCCUUAAUUAUAGCAUAACACAGACCUUACACCUUGUAACGCUACACACGCCUCUGUGUCCUGUUUUGGGACUGGCAUGGUGAGUUCAUGAAUAAUGGCUCAGGUUUAUGUGUAUUGUGUUUUGAUUUCCUGCAACAGUUCAAAAUCAUGCAAGUAAGGUUGAUUGAUGCUUCAAAAUGUACUUUAACACUGAAUGAGUAUGUCUCUUAUGAUGUCAUUUAUUUCAUUUGUCUAAGACUGUGUGCGCGUAUGUGUUGAUAAUAACCUUGACCUACAGCUGUAGGUUAUAUAGCUAGAUGUUUUCCCAUCCUUCAGGGAUAUUACAGUUUUAUUGUUUUGUGGCUUUAUGGCUUUCAGUUCACUUCAUAGAAUGGACAGAUUAAAACAUGUGGA